AGUGUGGCCCCAGAAGUGCCACAUGUCAGUGCUCAUCAGUGCCACGUGCCAGUGCCCAUCAGUGCCACCCAUCAGUGCCAGUCAGUGCCACCUUAUCAGUACUGCCAAUCAGUGCCACCUAUCAGUGCCAGUCAGUGUCGCCUAUCAGUGCGCAUCAGUGCCCAUCAGUGAUGCCUGUCAAUGCCCAUCAGUGCAACCUACCAGUGCCUCCUCAUCAGUGUCCAUCAGUGCAGCCUAUCAGUGCCCAUCAAUGCAGCCUCAUUAGCGCACAUCAGUGAAGGAGAAAAAUCACUUAUUUACAAAAUUGUAUAA